AUGUUGGGCAGCACGGCAAAUCUCGCCUGUCGCUCAGUCCGCGCGGCGGUCGCUGCGCGGCAGCCGGCCGGGCCUUUCUCCCUGGUCUUCGUGGAGCGGUUUACAACUCACCGCAUGUACCGCCUGCGCCGGGCCGUCGCGGAUGACCUGGCCAGCGGCCGCCUCGACGAGCAUACGCUGCGCGAGGCUAAUCGCGUAGACCCGCGGAUCACGGUGAACGCCGUGGAGGCGAGACAUUCGAAUGGAUUCCCUAAUGACGAGGGCGUUCUGCGCGAGUAUCUAAAGGCGCUGACGCUGACUAACGCCAUAGACUCAAGAAGUUUGAAGGAUCUUGUUCGUGCACUGCCGUCGCGGAGCACACCGGCCGCAGACGCAGAUUCUCCUCCUGACCCACGUGUGUUGGAGCAGUUGAGGCACGUUUUCGAUCGCAAUGAGAUGUAUCUUAAGUCCGAUGCAAAGCACCCCGUUCACGUCGUGGUGACCCCUGCCGCCAGCAGCGUGUUCACGCGCGCUCUAAAAGCGCUUGUAUCGGUCGGCUCUAUCGCAUUCUGCUUCGGCACACUCUACAUACUCACAAGCCAGAAUAUCCAGCGCGGACUCAAGCACUCUUUCAAGGUGGUGGACCCAGAUGACCUGGACACCACCUUCGCCGAUGUCAAGGGGUGUGACGAGGUCAAAGCCGAAUUGGACGAGGUCGUUGCUUACCUGCAGAACCCCGAGCGGUUCGACCGCCUGGGGGCGCGCCUACCCAAGGGCGUAUUGCUGGCCGGCCCACCCGGCACCGGCAAGACACUUAUGGCGCGGGCCAUAGCGGGUGAGGCCGGCGUGCCAUUCAUCCAGGCCUCCGGUUCUGAGUUCGAGGAGAUGUUUGUCGGCGUGGGCGCUCGUCGUAUCCGCGAGCUUUUCAAGCUGGCCAAGUCCGUGGCUCCGUGCAUCGUCUUCAUCGACGAGCUUGAUGCCGUGGGGUCACGGCGCUCGGCCACUGACCACAACAGCGUGCGCAUGACUCUCAAUCAACUGCUGGUUGAACUCGACGGUUUCGACAAGCGCGAGGGCAUUGUUGUGCUAUGCGCCACCAACUUCCCCGAGUCGCUGGAUCCGGCGCUCGUUCGCCCUGGGCGCCUCGACAAGACGAUUCACAUCCCUCUGCCGGAUUACAAGGGUCGCUACGAUAUAUUGAAGCUCUACAGUAAGAAGAUUUCGGUGGCCCCUGAUGUGGACCUUUCCACCAUCGCAAAACGCACCGUGGGCAUGACUGGCGCCGACAUCUUCAACAUACUCAACAUGGCAGCGCUUCGCUGCUCACUGCAGGGCCUCGCGGCAGUAACUUCGUCGGCAAUUGAGGAAGCAUUCGACCGUGUAGUGGUCGGCCUGAAGGGAAAGCCGCUUACCAAUGAGCGGGAGAAGAAGGCUACUGCCUACCACGAGGGGGGCCACACCUUGGUGAGUCUCCACACCCCGGAGGCAACCCAGGUGCACAAGGCAACGAUAGCGCCACGCGGCCGCACACUAGGCGUGACGUGGAAGAUCCCCGAGGAGAAGUCCGACACCCGCAUGUCCGAGCUUCGUGCUGAGAUCGCCGUUUUAAUGGGUGGCAUGGCGGCCGAGGAGGUUAUAUACGGCAAGGACAACGUUUCCACCGGGUGCCAGAGUGACCUGCAGAAGGCUACGGAGAUCGCGCGUACUAUGGUUCUGAACUUCGGUGUGGGUCUGGAGAACGUUAGCGGGCCCAUGUUUUUGGACGCUAAGGGGUACUCUGACCUGAGUGAGGAACACCGUAAACGCGUGGAUGCUGCUGUUCAACAAGUGCUAGACGGUGGCUAUCAGCACGCUUGCCGUGUGAUCCGCGGGAAUCUGGUGCAGCUGCAUAAUUUAUCUGAUGCCCUGGUACAGUACGAGACCCUCAACGCUGACGAGAUCCACCACGCCGUGCAGGGAGAGAUGCGGGAGAUCGAUGAUGCUAGGCAGGCACAACAAGUUGAACUCAGAGCACAGGUGAAACGUUAUUCACAGACUCAGGGGGGCAAGGAUCUUAUACCUGAGCCCCAGCACUCUUACCGCACAUAA